CAAAGAUCCUUGGACGUGAACAGUUUUGCUGAGGAGCACUUUUCUUCCCCCCCAAACAAGCAGACGGACUAAAAAGGCGUCAGUUAUUCCGUAUCGACCUGAGAGAAAGGAGUUAAGGUAUCGGAUAAGGUCUCCAACGGCACUUCACCCCCCAAAUCUCUGUCAGCGAUGGAGACUUGGGCUGGCAUCUACCCAGGCUUGCACUUAUCUCUGGGUAUCUGGCUGAUGAUAGCCGCUCAUACCCUACAAAAUGCCAAGGCGGAGAUAACGUGCGCAUCUUGCCCGUCGCCACUUCAACUCAAACUGGAGGAAUUACAGCUGGGGAUGCGCUCUGACCCGACAGACGAGCCGGGCAUCCUAAAAAACGUCCAAGUAGAGUUUAGGGAACUCGGGGUAACCGACCAUAAUGAUGGAGUUGAGAGCGACGAUGAGAAAGGCGUUUCUGGCGAGGAUGCCUCCCGCUUCUAUCAGCAUGUCAGUUUGGAUAGAGUUGGUGCGAAGGAGGACGCGCGGGGCUCCAUGGAAGAAAGUCACGGAGGCAGUAAUGAGGCAGUAAAGCCCGGUAAGGGUGAGGAUGUUGCGCUCCGGAGAGCAAAAAGAAGCGGUCCUGAGUUUGCUGAGUUAAGCGCGAACGGAUGGAGCGGCGUGGAUGCGGGCGCAACGGAGGAUCGGGGCUCGCUGUUGGACGGACUCAACAAGGGCAGGUCCGAGUUCAGAUGGAACAGGGACGAAGGGAGAGGGAAUAACAGGCAGGAUGAGCCCAAGCUCAGCAGCAGCACUUUCGCUCUGACGGGGGACUCUGCCCAUAACCACGCGGUGGUCCACUGGACAGGGCAGAACAGCAGCGUGAUCUUGAUCCUGACCAAGCUGUACGACUUCCACAUUGGCAGCGUCACUGAGAGCACUCUUUGGAGAUCCACUGACUACGGCUCCACGUAUGAGAGGAUGAAUGACAAAGUGGGAUCCAAGACUGUUCUGAGUUACCUGUACGUCUGCCCAACUAACAAACGAAAGAUUAUGGUGUUGACAGAUCCUGAGUUUGAGAGCAGCGUGCUCAUCAGCUCUGAUGAAGGGGCCAGUUACCAGAAGUACCGCCUCUCCUUCUUUGUGCUGAGCCUUUUAUUCCACCCCAGUGAGGAGGACUGGGCCUUGGCCUACAGUCACGACCAGAAGUUGUACAGCUCUGUGGACUUUGGAAGAAAAUGGCAGCUCAUCCACGAACACGUCACGCCGAACAGAUUCUACUGGUCUGUCUCGGGUCUUGACAAGGAGCCUGAUCUGGUCCACAUGGAGGCUCAUACAGCAGAUGGAAAUGUUCAGUAUGUCACAUGCAGAGCUCAGAUGUGCACAGAAGCAAACAGGAACUACCCAUUCUCCGGAUUCAUCGACAUCAGCUCUUUGGUGGUUCAAGACGACUACAUAUUCAUACAGGUUCCUACAUCAGGAAGAGCCACCUAUUACGUAUCCUACAAGAGAGAAUCCUUUAUACAAACCAAACUCCCCAAGUACUCUCUGCCCAAGGAUUUACACAUUGUCAGCACUGAUGAGAAGCAAGUGUUUGCAGCGGUGCAGGAGUGGAACCAGAACGACACUUAUAACCUCUACCUGUCUGACACCAGAGGGAUCUACUUCACUUUGGCCAUGGAAAAUGUCAAGACCACGAGGGGAAUAGGAGGGAACCAGAUGCUGGACUUGUACGAGGUGGCGGGAAUCAAAGGCAUGCUGAUCGCUAACAAGAGACAAGACAACCAAGUGAAGACGUUCAUCACUUACAAUAAAGGCAGAGAUUGGAGGCUCCUGCAGGCUCCUGCUACAGACCUGGAUGGAAAUGACAUUCACUGCAUACUGCCUUUCUGUUCGCUCCACCUUCAGCUGCAAAUGUCAGAGAACCCGUACCUGUCAGGAACCAUCUCCACCAAGAACUCUGCACCAGGGAUAAUCGUCGCCACGGGAAAUAUUGGAGCUGAGCUGUCCUACAACAAUGUUGGCAUGUACAUAUCAUCAGAUGCUGGCAAUAGCUGGAGACAGAUAUUUGAAGAGGAGCACAACGUGUGGUUCCUGGAUAAAGGAGGCGCCCUUGUUGCGGUCAAGCAGCCAUCCGUGCCAACCAGACACUUGUGGGUCAGCUUUGACGAAGGGAGGCAGUGGACCCAGCACAGCUUCUCAUCGGUGCCUCUGUUCGUGGAUGGAGUCUUGGUGGAGGCCGGGGCUGAGAACCAAAUCAUGACCUUUUUUGGACACUUCAGCCAUCGUUCAGAGUGGCAGCUCAUCAAGAUAGACUACAAGUCCAUCUACAGCAGGAAAUGCACCGAAGAAGACUAUCAAACCUGGCACCUGCACAACCAGGGUGAGCCAUGUGUGAUGGGACAGAAACAAAUCUACAUGAAGCGCAGGCCUGGAAACUACUGCAUGCUGGGAAGAGACUACUCCAGGAUCCUCUCAGCUGAGUCAUGUAUUUGCCGAGCUCAUGACUUUGAAUGUGAUUAUGGUUAUGAGCGGCGCGGAGAUGGGAACUGCAGGCCGGCUUUCUGGUUCAAUCCCUCCACCGUGUCCAGAAGCUGCAGCCAAGGUCAAAACUACUUCAACAGCACAGGGUACCGUAAAGUGGUGUUGAACAACUGCACAAAAGGGGUUAAAGAGAUGUACACAGCCAGAAAGCAGCAGUGUCCCAACAGACCUCCGAAAGGACUCCAGGUGACCACCAGGGAUGGAAAACUCACUGCCAACCUGGGACAUAAUGUCACCUUCUUGGUGCACCUUGAUGAGGGUGACUCUUUGCGGACCAACAUCCAGUUGGAUUUCGGCGACGGCACAGCUGUGUCCUACUCCAACCUGAGCUGGACGGAGGAGGGGAUCAAACAUGUCUACAAGUCUGCUGGAAUAUUCCGUGUCACAGCGCUGGCAGAAAACAUGCUGGGUUAUGACAGCACGACACUCUUCCUGCAUGUCACAUGUCCAGUGGAGCAUGUCCAGCUUCUCGCCCCCUUCGUGGUCAUAAGGAACAAGGAGGUGAACAUCACGGCAGUUGUCUUACCCAGCCACUCACGGACUGUUACCUACUUCUGGUGGCUGGGCAACAAUACUGAGCCAGUAAUUACGCUGGAGGGGAGUAUUUCAUACACCUUCCACAGUGAGGGAAUGCACACCAUCACAGUCCAAGUGGCUGCAGCCAACACCAUCCUGCAGGAUACAAAGACCAUAGCAGUCAAAGAAUUCUUCAAAUCUCUGCUUUUAUCUUUCUCCCCUAAUCUGGAUGAGUUCAACCCCGACAUACCUGAGUGGAGACAGGAUGUGGGGAGGGUAAUUAAGAAGGCUCUGCUCCAAGUGUCCGACUUCCCUGAGGAGCAGCUCUUGGUGGCCGUGUUUCCUGGCGUUCCUACAGCAGCUGAGCUCUUUCUGCUACCUCACAAGAACCAAUCAGAGGGCAAGAAAAAGAAAGAGGAGGAGCUUGAACAGGCAUCUGAUAUAAUCGUAAGUGCCCUGAACCAAAAUCUGGUGGAGUUCGAGCUGAAGCCUGGUGUGAGGGUGAUUGUGUACAACACACAGUUAACACUGGCACCCUUGGUGGACUCAAACCCCCGACACAGCAGCUCAGCCAUGCUGAUGCUCCUAUCCGUGGUGUUCCUCGGCCUAGCCGUCUUCCUCAUCUACAAAUUCAAGAGAAAAAUACCCUGGAUCAACAUAUACGCUGAGGUGAACCAGGAGAAAGAGCAGGAAAUGAUUGGCUCGGUGGGUCAGGGUGACAGCACGCCUAAAAUCACGCUGAGUGAGUUCUCGACAUCCAAGGAGCUCAUGGAGAAGGAGCUGGAGGCCAGGGUUAAAAGAGGAGUGGGCAAUGCCUGCGAGAGCACAAGGGAGAUUCCAAACUGUACUAGCGUGUAAAGCCGGAGCGCAGCGGUUCAUGUACAGAGCGAAGCAUUAUUGUGUCGAGGGUUCUCUUUUUCUGUUUUGUAAUUCUCAACACAACUGAUGUUAAUAGUUUUCUAAGGGACCUCAUUUAUACAGACUUGCACGGAUGCCUCGUCCAACAACAUCCAUGCUGCAGACGUCAGUUUACUUGAUGAGCUCAUUGUAAGUAAUGGAGAAACAUAUUCCGUUUUGUGGAUGUAUAAGCUACAUAACGACAUUCAUUUGCAGAGUGAAAUAUCUUUGUCAAAACAUAUGAAGAGUUCUGUAAAUUUCCUAAGAAGUUUGCUUUGAAAAUCAUUUCUGCCUAUAUAUAGACUAUAAUGUCUGAGUCUCAGUCAAACAGGGAAUAUUAUUAAAAUGUACAAAAUUAUCAUCAGUUCUGUUUAAUGUAUAUAUUAUUACUUUCUACAUGCUCGUAGUCUAAGUACCAUGGCGAGGACAGAAGAUCUGACAAUGGUCUGUUUUUGAAAGUGUGUUAAAGUCGAACAUUACUUUAAAAAAAUCAACUUUGUUUUGCUAAGGUCCUUGACUUGUGCAUGUUCUUAUUAAGGACACGAUCUCUGUGUUGUAGAUAAGCAAGUGUUGUAUAUAGUUAUUUUCUAAUCAUUCAUCAAAAAGAGCCCAAUCGAUUCUGCCCAGAAUUCUGUUUUGCUUUGUUUUUUUCAGUAACUGUUGGGCAAUAUGUAUUUAGUAGAAAAGGAUCAACAUGAACGUGAUCAUGUUCAAUAUGUUUAUAUUUUCAUUAAACAUAUACAAUAGAUAUUUAGACAUUUUUACAUUGAUUACAGUCUGAUAAAAAGGUUAUUUGCCAAUAUCAUUAUUGCAUUCCUGCCUCUGUUACAACAGUUCUCAUUCUGCCUCAGAAAAGAUGACUUAUUAUGAGUAGUGAACAUAUUGUGGCUUCCACUGAUCAGACUGACAUUGUGCACUUUGACAGGAGAAACAUUACUGAAUUCAAACUCACUGCCUUGAAAUGUAUUCACCCCGUUGAAUGUUUCAGCCUUUCUUCAAUUUUAGAAUAUCAGUCAUGGCCAUAAUAAUCUGGCAUUUAAAAGAGGAAAAAAAAAAAUCUUUAAUGUCAAAGCAAAAGCAGAUUUCUACAAAGUAAUGUAAAGUGAAUAAAAAUAUGUGAUGUAAAAUAAGUGACUGCAUGAAUAUUCACCUCACAGCGCUGAGUCUGUGCAGAUAGGUCUUAAUCUGGCUUGCACAUCUGAACACUGCAACGUUACUCCGUUCUUCUGUUUUAGACUGAGGUCUGGGUUUGACUUGGUCAGUCCAGAACAUUCACCUUGUUGAUUUUCAACCAUUUCUUUGUAGCUUCAAUGUGUCUUUCAGGUCAACCUUCUGCUGGACAAUAAAUCUUUUAAGUCAUAGUUCUCUUGCAGACUGAAUAAGAUCCUUCUCCAGGAUUUUUUCAUAUUUUGCCGCAUACAUUUUACCCUCUACCUUUACAAGCCUUCCAGGGCCGACUGCCAAGAAGCAUCCCCAUAGCAUGAUGUUGCCACCACCAUGUCUCACAGUGAGGAUGUCAUGCUUCUGGUGAUGUGCAGUGUUUGGUGUCUUGUCUUAGCCAAAAAGCUCCAUUUUGGUCUCAGAUUUAAUCAGAGUUUCCUUCAACAUGGGCUUUCUCUUGUCACUUGCCCGUAAAGCUUUGACUGGUGAAGAACCCGGCCAACAGUUGUUGUCUGCAGAGCUUGUAAAUUCUUCAGAGUAAUUAUAGGUGACUUGGUGGUCUCUCACUAGUCUCCUUCAGUUUGUGAGGACAGCCUGAUCUUUGCAGCUUUCCACAUGUGCCAUAUGCUCUUUAUGACAGAUUUUACUGAACUCUGGGGGAUGUUCAGUGCCUUGGAAUUUCUUUGCAUCCAUCCCCCUGAAAUAAUCUUUUCUCUGAGUUGCUUGGAGUGUUCUUUUGUCAUCAUAGUGUAAUGUUAGCCAGGGAUUCUGAUUAACCAGUGAUUGGUCCUUCAGGAAACAGGUUUCUUUAUGCUACAGUCAGUUGAGACAUCAUUUCACUAAUUGUGAAACUACUGGCACUUUAAGGCUGGACCUCUGUUGAAUUAGGUCAGUCACUUUAAAGGGGGUAUUUAUGCAGUCACUUAUUUUACUGUAUACAUUUUUGUUUAUUUGGCAUUACUGUGUAGAAAUCUGUUUUCACUUUGACAUAGAGGAGUUCUUUUUAAAGCUAAUUAAUAUAACCAAUAAUUGAUUUAUGAAAUCAAUAAAAAGGUAAAUCAUCAAAGGGAGUGAAUACCAUUUAUAGGCACUGUAUGUGGUACAUUAUAAGGGUAAUUCUCAGGAGUGUGUGCCUCUUGCUUGGUUUGAAUAGCUUCUUGCAUUAUGCUUCCAGUUACUGUAGACAAACUGAUGAAACUGAUAAACUCUGAUGCUAACAAAUCUCAGCUUGGCCCUCAGAGGCUUUUUUUUGGUCAUUUGUGUAUGCUUUUUUGACAAUUUUGACUGUGUUGAUACUAACAGCAUACAUUUUGAGGGUACUUUUUUGUCAAUAGCAUUUAGAAAUUCUACUGCUAGAACCUGUAACAGGUCAACAAGAAACUCUGUACCCUGUCUGUAUUAACUCAGGGUGUUGGUGACCAAAAAUGCCCCAUUGAAACCCAUUAAAACUUUUGA